AAUACGGUCCCGGAGGACUAUGGUGAUGGUGCAAUGUUUAGUUCUAAAAUAUGUAAAUUAGCUUUUAUAUGCUAUCCUUUGAUUUACAAAACCUUCGGCAGUAUUUCAUUGGUGCACUCUUUCCUGUCACCUCCCCCCGCACACUACAAAUUAAUGGACUAUUCCAUCACCAGGCUCGCUCACCUAAACUUUCUUGUUGCAAGGGGCGCUCAAAGUGCGACACAACGUUGAACACCGAGUGAAGGUUAGCACAGUAGCGGCUGUAAUGGGGCAAAACUCUCUAUGGAAAGUAGUUAAAAUAUUGACAACAACGCUUCCAGCGGUAACCUCCAUUUGAAGUUGAGUACCAGUUCGUUUAGAUAAAAUAGUAUUACGUUAUAACAAUUAGCUACCAACAGGUGCUCCAGUAUUGACAGAGCCAUUAUUAACGUUACACUAUUUAACUGACUUCCGGCGGAAAUUACACUUUGACGUGGUUUUUGUUGACGUUUUGCUAAUAUUAAGAUACAGCGGAACUAUUCGCAGCUUCUGCCGUUGGCCGGUGCUUAGGGGUUAACGCGCAGUCACCGUUGCUCCUUAGCAACGGCCCUAGCAACAACACAAAGAUUUCGUUGAGGAGCUAGCGUUAGCUCAUGGCAAUUUUGCACUAAAAAUGAGUUCAGGCAAGAAGAAAGUGAAUUUUACAAACACUCUACCACCUCUACCGGCAAGUCCAGCAAAGGUCAGAACAGAGCCAUGGAUGGAAACAAAGCCUUCAUUUAAGCUGUUUCCUCUACUCAGCCAGAAACCUCAAGGAGCUGAGGCAGCUGUGAAACAAGGUGUGUUGAGUGAGAAGGCAACCAGUAGACCAAGUGUAAAUAAUGGCAGACCCCAGAACCAGGUCAAGAGCAGAAUGGCACAACAGAUCCCUGGGACGUCCAAACGUUGCAGCGGUACUCGCAUACGGCACAAAGCGAAGCAAAUGGAUUUUCGUAGAACUCUGGUUAAAUUAGCAUGGCUGCAGGAGAACAAGGAAGAUGACGCUCACUAUGAAAUGAAAUAUGACUGCUUCAUCCAAAAAGGGCUAGACAUAGAGAAUGUGGUUCCCUUGCAAGAUUCUUGGCUGAAGAACAUUCAUGAAAUAGUCCCUUGCCACCUGAGGAGCCUGAGCACAUCGCUGGAGCAGCUGGUCGAUGAGAUCAAGGAGGACUAUUUGUUCAGCAUGAAAACAGCAAUCUUGAAAUACAUCUUGAGACAUCCAAUGACAUCUGACAAGGACAAAGAAAAAGAUCUGCCCCCUCACAGAUUUGAGUUGGAGAUUGUGCCAAAACCAUGGAAGAAAUCUUUUAUCCAGGCACAGAAGAGGAUGAAUGAAAAGCUUAACUCUUUCAACCCCACCAUGCGGCGAUUGCUGUACCUAUGGCACGACUCUUAUAUCCAUCUCCGUCUGAUAGAUGUAAAGGAGUUCCACAGCAGAGACGAGUCCUUUGAGCUCUCUAUGUUUGAGCAGAUGAUUACCGAACAAGUUGAUAAUGCCAGAGGAAUCCUCCUCAAAAACUGGGUUCCUGAAGUGCAAAACAUUUACUACCAGGCGUUCAGGCGCAAACUGAUGCCUUACACAAGCAACACAGCAAAACUUCAAUCUUUCCUCAACUGCGUGGCUGCACUGAUGACAACCCAGCUGCAGAGUCUUGUAAUAGAGUCGAUGAUGGACUAUACACACCUAAUUUCUCAAGACCUGCAUUCAGAUCGAGCCAGUAAGCACCCAGGCUUUGUUCUGCAUCUCAUCCUGGAGGACAGGGAAAUCAAGUAUGACCCCGACUUCCAAAUAUAUGAGGAGGCCCUUCUAAAUGUCUAUGAGCUUAUGCUCAGGUCUGUCAGCAUAGUGCCUCGUGUGGAAACCAAACUGUACCCUGAGUGGCCAAGCUACCCGUUUGGAAGCACCCUAAAGCCUAUCAUCCUUCCAGAGAUCCUUCAGGCCCAGCAGGACAAGGUGCGCAGGGUGUUCUGGGCUGAGUGUGUCAGGCCCAAGGAGUAUAUCCACGAGUAUGAUAAAUAUGCUGCACUGGUAUCGAAGCAGGCAGAGGAGGAUGUGGAGCAGUUCCUCAGUGAACAGCACUCGUUUCAGGAAAUUGUGGCAGAAGUUAAACACUACCAGCAGCUUGCUGACCAGAUCCAGUACACCCCAUGCAAGGUGGUACAUUUCGGCACGUUUGAGGUCCGGUCCCACAAAUUCAUCCACUCUCUUGUCAAGCGUGCUCAGGAACUACAGCAAAAACUGGUUACACGCAUGCUGCAGGACCAUCAGGACAUCAACAAGAAGCUCUGUGAUGAAUUUGAGAAGAUUUCAGAGAAGGCACUGAGCACACCACCUGAUACUCAAAAACUGAUGGAGCUUAAGGCCUACGUUAAUAAGGUGGAGACCACAGAGAUGCCACAGUUGGAGCAAAGAUUGGCAGACUCCAACAAACAAUUAUGUUACCUGAUAGACUUUGUCACCCUGUCGCCAGCUGAUAUGAAGCUUAACGCAGAAACCGUCCACUGGUUUAAACGCAUGCCAUCCAUCUUUAGAGAACACCAGAAGAUAGUUACUGAAAAGACAGAGCAAUAUCAGAGUGGCCUCAAGCUCUGCCGGGAACGCUUUGUAGAAGAACUGGAGAGCUACAGUGUACAGGUGGAGGAGUUUGUUUCCUUUGAUGAGCUGACGGAUCUCAGCAAGUACCUGAAGAAAGCCCAGGCCCUCAAUGCCAAACUGGAGUUAGCUAUGGAACAGAUUGAUGAUUUCAAUCAAGAAGAGGAGGCCUACGGCUGGUCUGUUUCCCAGUAUCCGCAACGUAAGAAGAUCCAGGACAAGUUGACACCCUUCCUGCGUCUGUAUGAGACAGCAACUGAAUUCCUAAACCAGUGCGAGCAUUGGCUCCAUGGACCACUCUCUGGUGUAAACCCAGACAAGGUAGAAGGUGAUGUUGGCAACUACUGGCGCACUCUAUACAAGCUGGAGAAAGGCUUCAGUGAAGUACCUAAUGCCCUUAACAUAGCCACUACUGUCAAGGCUAAGGUCGAAGUCUUCAAGGAACAUAUUCCUAUGAUUCAGGUACUGUGCAACCCAGGCCUGCGUACACGCCACUGGGAUGCCAUGUCAGAGUUGGCUGGCAUCUCCCUGGAAACAGCUGAUGGCCAGGCCUCUGUGGCUUACUUCCUAUCCAAGCACCUGGAACAGCAUCUGAGCAGCUUUGAAGGCAUCAGUGAGGCGGCCAGCAAGGAAUACUACCUGGAAAAGGCCAUGGAGAAAAUGGCCAGUGAAUGGAGUCACAUGGAGUUCAGCCUGCUUGCCUACCGAGAGACGGGUACCUCCAUCCUAUCUUCUGUGGAGGAAGUACAGAUGCUGUUAGAUGAUCAUAUUGUGAAGACACAGACUAUGAGGGGCUCACCCUUCAUUAAGCCUUUUGAGGUGGAAAUACGGGAAUGGGAAGGCAAAUUGCUGCUUCUCCAAGAGAUCCUGGAUGAAUGGUUAAAGGUACAGUCAACUUGGCUUUACCUGGAGCCUAUAUUUAGCUCACCAGACAUCAUGAUUCAGAUGCCUGAAGAGGCACGACGUUUCACAACUGUUGACAAAACAUGGAGAGACACCAUGAAACAAGUUUCCUUGGACAAGCACGUGUUGGCGGUGAUAGCAAUUGAAAAGAUGUUGGAGCGGCUUAAGAAGUCCAAUCAGUUACUGGAACUGAUCCUCAAAGGUCUUAAUAACUACUUGGAAAAGAAACGCCUCUAUUUUCCUCGGUUCUUCUUUUUAUCCAAUGAGGAGCUGCUGGAAAUCCUCUCUGAGACCAAAGACCCCACAAGGGUGCAGCCUCAUCUGAAGAAGUGCUUUGAAGGCAUUGCUAGUGUGGUGUUCACUGAUGUAUUGGAUAUCACCCACAUGAAGAGCAGUGAGGGUGAAAUGGUGCAGCUCCUCGAUAUCAUUUCCACAUCCAAAGCCAGGGGCCAGGUGGAGAAAUGGCUUCUAGAACUCGAGAAUGGCAUGAUUGCCUCCCUGCAUAAGGUAAUAGGACAUGCAAUUGAGGCAUAUCCCAAUGAGCUGAGGAUCAACUGGGUGCGUGCUUGGCCAGGCCAGACCGUGUUGUGUGUUUCACAGGUGUACUGGACAAAGAAUAUCCAUGAAGCUUUCAGUUCAGGACAGAAGGCCCUAGAUGCUUACUUGGAGCAGAACAAUAGACAGAUUGACGACAUUGUGGCACUGGUACGGGGAAAGCUGUCGAAGCAGAACCGGGUGACCCUUGGAGCCCUUGUUGUGCUUGACGUCCAUGCCAGGGAUGUUUUAGCUACACUGGUGCAAAAGGGAAUAAGUGAUGAGAAUGACUUUGAGUGGCUCAGCCAACUGCGCUACUACUGGGUGGAAAGCCACCUCCAGACCAAGAUGAUCAAUGCUGGUUUGCCUUAUGGCUACGAAUACCUGGGCAAUACUCCACGUCUGGUCAUUACCCCCCUCACUGACCGCUGCUAUCGCACUUUGUUUGGUGCCCUACACCUCCAUUUGGGAGGUGCCCCUGAGGGCCCAGCUGGUACAGGAAAAACAGAGACAACCAAAGACUUGGCCAAAGCUGUGGCCAAGCAGUGUGUGGUCUUCAACUGCUCUGAUGGACUGGACUACAUUGCUCUGGGCAAAUUCUUCAAAGGCCUUUUGUCCUGUGGUGCUUGGGCCUGCUUUGAUGAGUUUAACCGCAUUGACUUGGAGGUGCUGUCAGUGGUGGCUCAACAGAUUCUCACCAUACAGAGAGGAAUUGCUGCCCAUGCUGAAAUGCUGAUGUUUGAAGGCACAGAGCUAAAACUGGACCCCUCUUGUGCUGUGUUCAUCACAAUGAAUCCUGGCUACGCUGGACGCUCUGAGCUACCAGACAAUCUCAAGGCUUUGUUCAGGACUGUUGCUAUGAUGGUACCAGACUAUGCACUGAUCGCAGAAAUUGUGCUCUACUCGUGCGGCUUUGUGACCGCACGGCCUCUCUCAGUAAAAAUAGUGGCCACUUACCGACUUUGUUCAGAGCAGCUAUCGUCUCAGCAUCACUAUGACUACGGGAUGAGAGCCGUCAAGUCUGUGCUAACUGCUGCUGGAAACCUUAAGCUCACUUUUCCAGAGGAGAAUGAAGAUACCCUGUUGCUGAGAUCCAUUAUUGAUGUCAAUCUGCCAAAGUUCCUGGACCAUGAUCUGAAGCUAUUUGAGGGUAUCACCUCUGACCUCUUCCCGGGGGUCAAACUUCCAAAGCGAGACUACUGCAUUCUACUGGAGGCCAUUGAGGAAAACUGUCAGCGCAUGAACCUUCAAGUCACAGAAUUCUUCGCUGAGAAAAUCCUGCAAAUCUUUGAGAUGAUGAUAGUGAGGCAUGGCUUCAUGCUGGUGGGUGAGCCCUUUGGAGGAAAGACCAGUGCCUACCGUGUACUAGCAGCAGCGCUUCAUGAUGUCUUUGAAAAGGGUCUAAUGGAUGAGAACCAGGUACAGAUCACAGUAAUCAACCCCAAAUCCAUUACUAUGGGCCAGCUGUAUGGCCAGUUUGAUCCCAUCUCUCAUGAGUGGUCCGAUGGCAUCCUUGCCAUCAGCUAUAGAUCCUUUGCUGCCUCCCAGAGCCCUGACAGAAAAUGGCUUAUCUUUGAUGGCCCAGUGGAUGCUGUGUGGAUUGAGAAUAUGAACACAGUGCUCGAUGACAACAAGAAGCUGUGUCUGAUGAGUGGUGAGAUCAUUCAGAUGUCGCCACAAAUGAGCCUCAUCUUUGAGCCCAUGGACCUGGAGGUGGCAUCACCAGCCACGGUGUCUCGGUGUGGUAUGAUCUACAUGGAGCCCCAUAUGCUAGGCUGGCAGCCUCUCAUGCUGUCCUGGCUCAAUACAAUGCCAUCUACAGUCAAUGCAACGCACAAAGACCUCAUCACUGCCCUCUUCAACCGCAUACUGCCAGCCUGCCUCCAGCUCAUUCGAAAGGCCACCAAGGAACUGUCCCCGACCUCUGACACCAAUCUGGUGAAGUCCCUGAUGAAUCUCAUGGACUGCAUGAUGGAUGAGUUUCGUGAUGAAGCAAAGAUGAAGAAGAUGAAUGAGAACGAUACUUGCUCCUGGCUGGAGGGCAUCUUUGUGUUCUGCCUGGUGUGGUCAGUGGGUGCCAGCUGUGAUGAGUCAGGCAGGGUCAAAUUUGAUGGACUGGUAAGAGAAAUACUGAGUGGACCCUUAAGUGAGGAGACCAAGGCCCACCAUGGCAUUCUGGCCACUGUUGAGGCUCCUCCUAAACAGCUCACAGUUCCCUUACCCACUGAGGGAACAGUGUACCAGUAUCUCUUCAUUAAAGAGGGCCCAGGCAGGUGGGAGCUUUGGACAGAUAAGCUAAAGACCUCUCCCCCCAUAUGCAAGGACAUGCAGUUCAACGAGAUUAUUGUUCCCACGGAGAACACAGUACGCUAUAUGGCACUGAUGGAGCUCCUUGUCACUCACCAGAAGCCUACUAUUUUCAUCGGCCCCACUGGCACUGGCAAAAGUGUCUACAUUACAGACUUCUUGUUGAAUCAGCUGCAGAAGGAUGUGUACAGCCCAUUAUUUAUCAACUUUUCCGCCCAGACUACAGCUGCCCAAACCCAAAACAUUAUUAUGUCCAAGCUAGAUAAGCGUCGCAAAGGAGUGUUUGGCCCUCCCCUAGGGAAGAAAAUGGUGGUAUUCGUUGAUGAUGUGAACAUGCCAGCCAGGGAAGUUUAUGGUGCCCAGCCUCCUGUGGAGCUGCUGCGUCAGUGGCUAGACCACUGGAACUGGUAUGACUUGAACGACUGCUCCAUGAUCAACCUGGUGGAUAUCCAGACCAUAUGUGCUAUGGGACCACCUGGUGGGGGACGGAACCAUGUAACACCUCGGUACCUGCGUCACUUCAACGUAAUCACCAUUAAUGAUUUUAAUGAGAAGACCAUGUAUACAAUCUUCUCCAGGAUCAGUGACUGGCAUUUCACCAUACGGUUUUCCUUCCCCAACUCUUUUGCGGCCCUGACUUCUCAAAUCGUCAAUAGCACCUUGUCAGUGUACCAGGAGGCCACCAAGAAUUUGCUACCAACCCCCACAAAGUCCCAUUACUUGUUCAAUCUGCGUGAUGUCUCCCGGGUCAUCCAGGGCAUCUGCCUGUCGCGACCAGAGACUGCAGAUGAACCAUCUGUCAUUAAACGUCUCUGGAUCCAUGAGGUCCUCAGGGUAUACUACGAUCGACUGGUCCAUGACACAGAUCGGUCCUGGCUUGUUAACUAUUUACAGGUUGUGUCUCAGAAUCACAUGAAAGAAAACUUCCAUCAGCUCUUCCAGCACCUGGACCAGGACCAUGAUGGAAAGGUAACUGAGGAUGACCUGCGCAGCCUCAUGUUUUGCGACUUCCACGACCCCAAGGGUGAGGACCGCAGCUACCGCGAAGUACACAACCUAGAGCAGCUACGUCAGGUGGUGGAGUCACACCUGGAGGAGUUCAACAACGUCAGUAAAGCACCUAUGAAUCUGGUGCUCUUCCGUUUUGCCAUCGAGCAUGUGUGCCGCAUUUCCCGCAUCCUCAAACAGCCAAGUGGCCACGCCUUGCUGGUGGGGGUGGGUGGGAGUGGGCGUCAGUCUCUCACCCGUUUGGCUGCCUUCAUGGCAGAGGCUGAACUUUUCCACGUCGAAAUCUCCAAGACCUAUGGAACCACUGAAUGGCAUGACGACCUAAAGUUAAUCAUGAGGAAUUCUACACAGGGUGAAGCUCAUGGUGUCUUCCUUUUUACAGACACUCAAAUCAAAAUGGAGUCAUUCCUCGAGGACAUUGGCAACCUGCUCAACACUGGUGAGGUGCCUAACCUGUUUGCAGUUGACGAAAAGCAAGAAAUCUGUGAGCGAAUGCGUGUGCUGGACCGGCAGCGUGAACGUGACAAACAGACAGAUGGCAGCCCCUUGUCACUUUUCAACAUGUUUUUAGAGCGCUGUCGCACACAGCUCCAUGUGGUGUUGGCCAUGAGUCCCAUUGGAGACGCGUUCAGGGACCGCUUGAGACGUUUCCCUGCUCUCAUUAACUGUUGCACCAUUAACUGGUUCCAGACCUGGCCUGAGGAUGCCCUGCAGGCAGUGGCUUGCCGCUUCCUCGAGGACGUUGAGAUGACGGAUGAGGCUCGAGAAGGCUGCAUCAACAUGUGCAAGAGCUUCCACACCUCAACAAUAGAGCUGUCAGUCCGCUUUUUGAAUGAGCUGCAGCGCCACAACUACGUCACUCCAACCUCAUACCUUGAACUCAUUUCCACAUUUAAAGCCUUGCUGAAGACAAAAAGAGCUGAGGUGAUGAACCUGAAACGACGCUAUAAGGUUGGUCUCAAAAAGUUAGAGUCAGCGGCAGAUCAAGUGGCUAUGAUGCAAGUCGAACUAGAGGCUCUACAGCCACAGCUGCUUGUGGCUAGCAAAGAGGUAGAUGAAAUGAUGGUGGUGAUUGAACAUGAAUCUGUGGAGGUGGCUGAGACGGAGAAGGUGGUGAAAAUGGAUGAAGCUGUGGCCAACGAACAAGCAAUGGCUGCCAAGGCCAUCAAAGAUGAGUGUGAUGCAGAACUAGCUGAAGCCAUGCCGAUCCUAGAAGCAGCCCUGGCUGCACUGAAUACUCUCACCGUUCAGGAUGUCACAAUGGUGAAGUCGAUGAUAGCCCCGCCCACAGCUGUCAAGCUGGUUAUGGAGGCAAUUUGUAUUCUCAAAGGCAUCAAGCCAGAUCGUGUGCAGGAUCCAUCAGGCUCUGGUAAAAAAGUAGAGGACUUUUGGGGUCCAGCCAAGAAGCUUUUGGGAGACAUAAGGUUUCUCCAGAGCCUCCAUGAGUAUGACAAGGACAACAUCUCACCAAAUCUCAUCGCCAUUAUUCGCAAUAAGUACAUUAGCAACCCAGACUUUGUACCAGAGAAGAUUAGAACUGCAUCCGCUGCAGCUGAGGGCAUGUGUAAGUGGGUUUGUGCCAUGGACAAAUAUGACAAAGUGGCCAAGGUGGUUGCUCCAAAGAAAGAGAAGCUGGCACAGGCAGAGGGGGAACUGCAAGUGGCUAUGGAGGGCCUAAAGAAAAAACAGGCUGCCCUCAAAGAAGUCCAAGACAAGCUUGCUAAACUUCAGGAGACUUUGGAUGCUAAUAAAAACAAGAAAGCUGACCUGGAGAAUCAGGUGGAUCUGUGCAGUAAGAAACUAGAGCGAGCUGAGCAGCUGAUUGGAGGCUUGGGCGGAGAGAAGACUCGCUGGAAUGAAAUGGCCUUCAAUCUGGGAAAGCUCUAUGAUAACCUCACCGGCGACAUCCUCAUCUCAGCAGGCAUAGUGGCCUACCUGGGAGCCUUCACCUCCACCUACAGACAGAAACAGACAGAGGAGUGGAUGAAUCUUUGCAUAAGCAGAAAGAUCCCAUGCUCCUCCUCCAUGUCUCUCAUGAACUCGCUGGGCGAUCCCGUAAAGAUUCGUGCAUGGACCAUUGCUGGCCUACCAUCUGACAGUUUCUCCAUAGACAACGGUAUCAUAAUCUCUAACUCCAGGCGGUGGCCUCUGAUGAUCGAUCCCCAAGGCCAGGCUAACAAGUGGGUGAAAAACAUGGAGAAGGCCAACAGCUUGCAUAUUAUUAAACUGAGUGAUGCCGACUUUGUACGCACUCUGGAGAACUGCAUCCAAUUUGGCACACCAGUGCUGCUGGAGAAUGUUGGUGAGGAGUUGGACCCCAUCCUGGAGCCUCUGCUGCUUAGACAGACCUUUAAACAGGGUGGUGCCAUAUGUAUCCGUCUAGGAGAUUCAACUAUUGAAUAUGCUCCUGACUUUCGCUUCUACAUUACUACCAAGUUACGUAACCCCCACUACCUGCCUGAGACCUCUGUCAAGGUGACCCUGUUAAACUUCAUGAUCACCCCAGAGGGCAUCCAAGACCAGCUUCUUGGCAUUGUGGUGGCUCGGGAGAGACCCGACCUGGAAGAAGAGAAACAGGCUCUCAUUCUACAGGGUGCAGAGAAUAAAAGAAAACUGAAGGAGAUCGAGGACAAAAUCUUAGAGGUACUGUCCUCCUCUGAGGGAAACAUUUUAGAGGAUGAGUUAGCCGUCAAAAUUCUCUCCUGCUCCAAGGUGUUAGCCAAUGAAGUCACAGAGAAGCAGGCUGUGGCUGAGGUGACUGAGCAGAAGAUUGAUGAGACCCGCAUGGGCUACACACCUGUUGCUGUGCAUUCUGCCAUCUUGUUCUUCUCUAUUGCUGACCUGGCCAACAUUGAACCCAUGUACCAAUACUCCCUCACCUGGUUUAUUAACCUCUUCAUCAACUCCAUUGAUGGCUCAGACAAGAGUGAUGACUUGGAGCAGAGACUUCAAAUCCUGAGAGACCACUUUACCUACACACUAUAUGUCAAUGUGUGUCGCUCACUGUUUGAGAAGGAUAAGCUGCUCUUUUCCUUUUGCCUCAGUGUGAAUCUGCUCAUGCACAACAAGCUGGUGGAUGAGGGGGAGUGGCGCUUCCUUCUAACGGGUGGUGUGGGCCUGGACAAUCCAUGCUCUAAUCCCUGCACCUGGCUCCCCAAGAAGUCUUGGGACGAGAUAUGCCGCCUGGAUGAGAUGGAAUCUUUCAAAGGUGUGCGUCAUGACAUGGCUGUCCUCAGAAAUGAGUGGAAACAGGUCUAUGACAGCCCGAACCCCCAUCAGACUCCCUUUCCUGAAAAAUGGCAGGAGAAGCUGAGCCAAUUUCAGAAGAUGCUUUUGAUUCGUUGCCUCAGACCGGACAAGAUUAUUCCCAUGGUGCAGGAGUUUGUUUCAGACAGUUUGGGCCGUCCCUUCAUUGAAGCACCACCCUUCAACCUAAGUAAGGCCUUUGUUGAUAGCCACUGCUGUGCCCCCCUCAUCUUCAUCCUCUCCCCCGGCUCAGACCCCAUGGCUGCUUUGCUCAAAUUUGGAGAUGAAAAGGGUUUUACUGGUAACAAGCUGACCUCCCUCUCUCUGGGCCAAGGCCAGGGUCCUAUUGCUAUGCGUAUGAUUCAGACAGGCAUUACAGAUGGCACUUGGGUGGUUCUUCAGAAUUGCCACUUGGCCACUUCAUGGAUGUCAACAUUGGAGAGAGUUUGUGAGGGCCUGAGCCCAGAUACCACCCACCCAGACUUUAGAUUGUGGCUGACGAGCUACCCAUCUCCCACUUUCCCCGUGGCGGUGCUCCAGAAUGGGGUGAAGAUGACCAACGAGGCUCCCAAGGGCCUUCGCUCUAACAUCGCACGCUCCUUCUUAAUGGACCCCAUCUCUGACCCAGAGUUUUUUGGCAGUUGUAGCAAGCCGGCUGUGUUCAAGAAACUACUGUAUGGCCUGUGUUUCUUCCACGCCUUGACCCAGGAGAGAAGGAAGUUUGGACCUUUAGGCUGGAACAUUCCAUACGAGUUCAAUGAGACCGACCUCCGAAUUUCUGUGCAGCAGCUACACAUGUUCCUGGAACAGUACCAGGAAAUACCAUUUGAUGCUCUCCGCUACAUGACUGGUGAGUGUAACUAUGGAGGGCGUGUGACAGAUGACUGGGACAGACGAACCCUGCGCACGAUUCUGUCCAUCUUUUACACCUCAAAGAUCACCGAGGACCCUGACUAUAAGUUUGACCCCAGUGGGCUGUACUACGCACCAGCGGAGGGAGAUUACAACAGCUAUAUAGAAUACACCAAGUCACUGCCACUCAACCCAUCGCCAGAAAUUUUUGGCAUGAACGCCAACGCGGAUAUCACCAAGGAUCAGGCUGAGACACAACUGCUGUUUAACAGCAUCUUGCUCACACAGUCCCGCUCUUCAGGCGGAGAUGCCAAAUCCUCAGAUGACAUGGUCUUAGAUGUGGCAGCUGACAUCCUGAGCAAGCUGCCUGGAGACUUUGACUUGGAGGCAGCAAUGAGAAGCUUUCCUACCAGCUACAAUCAGAGCAUGAACACGGUGCUGGUGCAGGAGAUGGGCCGCUUCAACAACCUGCUCCGCACCAUCCGAGACUCCUGCAUCAACAUUCAGAAGGCCAUAAAGGGCCUGGUAGUGAUGUCUGCAGAGCUGGAGGAGGUGGUCAGCAGCAUCCUGACAGGUCGCAUUCCAGGCAUGUGGAUGAAGAAGUCCUACCCCAGCCUCAAGCCACUGGGAAGCUACGUCAACGACUUCCUAGAACGACUCAAGUUCUUACAGGACUGGUGUGAUAAGGGUACACCUGCUGUAUUUUGGAUAUCAGGAUUCUUCUUCACCCAGGCCUUCCUCACAGGCAGCCAGCAGAACUAUGCCAGGAAACACACCAUCCCAAUUGACCUGCUCGGCUUUGACUUUGAGGUCCUGGAUGAGAGACAAUACAAACGGCCUCCAGAGGAUGGUGUGUACAUCAGAGGUCUGUUCCUUGAUGGGGCCCGCUGGGACAGAAAGACCAAACUUCUCGCUGAGUCCUACCCUAAAGUGCUGCAUGAUCCUAUGCCUGUGAUGUGGUUGAAGCCCAUGAAGCGACAGGACAUUCCCAAGAGGAUGUGCUAUGUGGUGCCUGUCUACAAGACAAGCGAGCGGCGUGGCACUCUGUCCACCACUGGACACUCCACCAAUUAUGUCAUUGCCAUGACGCUCAACUCCGACAUUCCUGCUGAGCACUGGAUCAGACGAGGGGUCGCACUGCUGUGUCAGCUCAGCUCUUAGUCUCUGGUUUUACACCUGAGCCCAUUUUAUAUUCCAACAUUUAAUUAAAAAAAAAAAAAAAAAAAAAAA